AUGGCCCUCACGCGUACGUGGCCCUGCCUUGCCGUGACAACCUACCGACAGUCGAAGGUCAGUGAUCGGUUUCAGCUGCUGAUCACAAAGAAGGAGGUGGAGUGCGACUACGUUGGCGUGGAUGCAACGGCGCUUGUUGCAACGGGGCUCCGCCUCGCCAAAAAUGUGUCGACGGAGCAGCGGCGGCACAAGGAGGUGGCACGCCACGUGGCACAGUCGCUGCAGCAGCUGCUAAAGAAGGUGCGCUGCAAAAAAUCCCUUCUGCUCGCCAUGGAUGGUGCAGAGACACUCUUGAAGGCCGAGCGGACACGGAGCGGCAGCCUGACGCGGAAGCUCGAAAGUCGUCUGAUGCGGCUGCCAGGAACCGCCCUCAUGCAGGCGGUGGAGGAACGCCUGGUGCGCAUGAUGCCGGAGCGGCAAAUUUUGCCCGUGGAGGUCGUGUUCUCUGGCACGUGUGUUCAAGGCUGUGUGGAGCAGAAGAUGUCUGCGUGGGCGCUGGACCUGGCCUCCCGCGACACCUUCAACGGGAGCUCCGACUCACUCUGCCUCAUUGGGGCCUCGGAGUUGUACCUGAACGUGAUGGCCCUGUCCCCGUUCUACAACAUCACCAGCGUGGUGCAGAAUAACGCGGACCUGCGACAAAUGCGUUUGCAGGAUAUUCUUGAAUGGCUGGAGCUCGAUAAGAAGGCGAAGGAAGGGGAGAGCGUCACCAUUGCAAAGAUGCGCACGGACAUCCUCUUUUUGUUUAUCCUCGCCUUCGGCGCUUCCUCGACGGAGCUGAACCCCCUGCCGGGUCUGGGCUUCCACGAGUUGGUGGAGUGGUAUGUGAAGCUGCUGAACGAGUCCGCCCCCCCCGAGGCCAUGGCCUCGCAGAGUAGCACCCCCACGGCGGCGGGGACGACGGGGACGUUUUUGUUUGAGGACGCCCCUGGAAAUACGCUGCGGCUCAACCUCCCGCUUCUCUGCCGCAUCAUGCAACUGGUGACCCGAAGGGAGGCGGCCCAGCGAGCCGAUGCGGCCUCCGAGGCGUACCUGGAGCAUGCGCUGCAGACGCACGCCAUGCUGUGUCUCGGCGAGGCACCGGCGUAUGAUUACCUGCCCACAGUGCCACUAUCGCCACAGGCCAACUCCACGUUACCAGGGCUGGCGCAGUUCACGGGGCACCUGAACGCACUCUGCGGUUCUUCGCCGCACCGCACCGCGCGUUGUGCCGUGCCCCGCCUUAACGCAUCAGAGUCACCCGGGGGAGGUGAACCGGUACCGCAGCACCGGCCCCUGACGGCGGCGGAAUACACCAUACUUUGCCAGUCCUUACCAGCCACGGUGGAAGGCCUGAUUCACCAGUACGUUGGCGUCGCCCCAAAGCCGGAGGUGGGCAAGAUGAUCACCGCAGCAAACACGCUGGAGGCCCAUAGAAUUGUACGGGAGGUGUUGUCGUACGCGAAUCCGUUAAAGCCGCACAAGUGCCUCUGCCUCUCCCCCUCGUAUUGCUGGCUACAGAGUGAGAAGACGCAGCUGUGGCGGUUUAAGUACGUCGACAUUGGCGUCUGCAGCCAUAAGGCGGAGACGCGUCGCCACCGCAACGCCAUAAAAGGUGUCACUUUGGAGGUAAACAUGUCCCGUGACGGACCGGCGUGCUUUGCCCCUUCCACUGCGACGUGGGAGCCAAUCCUUAACUUUCCGUGCGGCGCAGAGGAGCCUCACGCCGCCGCAUCGCCGCAGGCGGAGCACGACACAAGGAGUGAGCCACCACCACCACCACCACCAACCGUAGGGGAGGGUAAGGUAAAAACACCGCCGCAAGAAGAAGGGUCUGUAGAGCCCGGGUUGACGUCGCGCCUGCCCACACGCGGCAGCAAAGGGGGGGUUCGAGCAGGCAUCGCAAGCCAGGCGACUUUGAAGCUGCUUACGUGGAACGUGAUGUUUGACCGCUAUAGCGGAAAGCCCACCCCGCUGGGAAUGCCUGGCAUUGAUUGGUGUUCCCGGAAACGCUACCCUGUCCUCGCCAAGGUUAUCCAGCAAGAGGAGGCAGACGUUGUGGGCAUGCAGGAGGUGGAACCUGUUUUUUGGGAAUUUCUGUCGAAGCAGCCGUGGAUGCGUGAGAAUUACUACUUCUCGUGCGGUUACGCGAGUCCGUCGAUUACGCCGUGGGGCGUGCUCAUGCUGGUGCACCGCCGACGCUUCCCCGUUCAAAACAUCACAUUUCUUAACGUUCCUGCGUGGGCAAAUCACAUUUCGCUAAUGCCAGUGGUGCGCCUUCAGAUGCCGCACGGGUCCGUGCACGUGGCGGUGGCACAUCUUUUGGCCCCGUACACGAAAUCCCAUGAGACGGCACGCACCUCGCAGGAUUCCGCGCUGCGGCAUCACAUGGUAAAGACAUUGGCUGGUGACGCUGUCACGAUGGGCGACUUCAACGACUGGCCAACACGUGAGUUCUACAUGCCGGCGGAGUCGCAUUAUGUUGACUGUUGGCCGCUACUGCGCCCGCACGAUGCUGGAAAAACAAUGGACGAGACGAAUACGUUCUGUAAACUGAAGGUGGAGGAGAUGUUCUACGGGCGUUCCGAUAAACUGUUUCUGCGCAGCCGCCACCUCGUUCCGGUGGAGGGGCAUCUCGUGGGCACGAAGAGUGUGAACGACGAGAAUGGAAACAAGGACGCCCCUGCGUAUCUGUUCCCGUCGGAUCACUACGGUGUGAGCAUGACGUUUGCGUUAAAGCCGCGGUAG